CUGCCAGCCGGUGCCCGAGGGGCAUGCUUCGGAGAUCUGGGCUGUCUUUAUCGUGCAAGCUUCUGAAAAGAAAUAACCCUCUUGGAUUCGGCUUGUGCUAUUCGAAGACAAAAAUGUCGACCGUGUCGAAAGCUCGAAGGCUGGAAGGCGUGGACAAGAACAUAUGGGUGGAGUUUGUAAAACUGGCUUCGACAUACAAGACGGUGAACCUCGGCCAGGGAUUCCCUAACUUCCCCCCGCCAGCCUUUGUGACGGAAGCAUUAAUGGAGGUGGUCAGCGAAAAAGAUCCCAUGAUGCAUCAGUAUACCCGUGCCUUUGGACACCCAGCUCUGGUGACGGUCCUGGCCAAAUUCUUUGGGAAGUUACUAGGACGAGAACUCGACCCUCUGAAUAACGUGCUGGUGACCGUAGGCGCUUACGAGGCCCUCUUCUGCUGUUUUCAAGCUCUGGUGGAUGAUGGAGAUGAGGUGAUUAUAAUUGAGCCGUUCUUCGACUGCUAUGAACUGAUGGUGAAAAUGGCUGGUGGGACUCCGGUGUUCAUUCCACUGAAACCAGUAAAAGCAGUGGAAAUGACUCCCAGUAAAUGA